GUCAAAUUGCUUGCUGUUAUGUGUCAAGUGAACUCUUCUCAUUAUUAUUUUGAUUAUUUUCAUUUCUCGUCUCAUUACCUACUCGACCAAUACUCGACUUAUAUAUAAAGCAAGCAGUAAUUGGCUACAUACACGAAUACACAAAUGAUUUGAUAAACUGAUAAUAACUCGCUUCACGAAGCGGUACGACAGACUCAGUGACCACAGAUGUGAUUUAAAAAUUUGUUUAUGAAAAAUUUUUUGGUUAGUGUGAAUAAAAGUGAUCAUGAUCCCUUCAAAUACUAUCUGUGUGUCCCAGGAGGGUCCAGCCAAUGCGCUGGCCCUCAACAAAGACUGCUCGCAGGUCGUCAUCGCCGGCAGAAAUGUGUUUAAAGUAUUUUCGAUCGGCGAAAAUGAAUUUACUGAAGUUUGUAACUUGAGAGUUGGGAAAAACUUGAAUUUGAAUUUUUCCUCUAUUGAUGUUGCUUGGAGUACUAUUGAAGAAAACACAUUGGCUACUGCCGCCACUAAUGGUGCUGUGGUGGUGUGGAACUUGGGCCGCUCUGGACGAUCGAAGCAGGAGCAUGUGUUUUCAGACCACAAAAGAACUGUCAACAAGGUGAGCUUCCACCUGACCGAGCCAGCAUUGCUGAUCUCCGGCUCACAGGACGGCAUGAUGAAGUGCUUCGACCUUCGCAUGAAGGAGGUGGCCAGGACUUUCAUCAGUAAUACGGAGUCGAUCCGCGACGUGCAGUUCAGCCCGCACGCGGCGCACACGUUCGCGGCGGUGUCGGAGAACGGCUCCGUGCAGCUGUGGGACGUGCGGAGGCACGAGCGCUGCCUGCACCAGUUCACCGCGCACUCGGGGCCCGUGUUCGCCUGCGACUGGCACCCCGACCUGCCCUGGCUCGCCACCGCCUCCCGGGACAAGACCAUCAAGGUGUGGGAUAUACACGCGAAGCCGAACCUGGAGCACACUAUAUACACAAUAGCGUCGGUCGGACACGUCAAAUGGAGGCCACAGAAAAAGUACCAGGUGGCGUCGUGCGCGCUGGUGCUGGACUGCGCGGUGCACGUGUGGGACGUGCGGCGGCCGCACGUGCCGCUCGCCACCUUCGCAGAGCACCGUGACGUCACCACGGCCAUCGCCUGGCAGCAGGAGCCGCACGCCUUCCUCUCCACCAGCAGGGACUGCAGCCUCUACCGGCACCGGUUCACGGAGGCGGCGCACCCGGUGCUGUGGGCCAAUCCUCAGGGCGUGUGCGUGUCUGCGCGUGGCGACGUGGCGCACGCCACGCCCGACUGCCCGCUGCCGGCCCUGCCGCCCGCCAGCCCCGCGCCCGACCGGCCCGUGCCCGGCCUGGGCCGCAAGCAGCCGACGGCGGGCUCGCUGUCGGCGGCGGCGCAGGCGGCGCUGGAGCGCGCGUUCCCGGGCGGCGCGGCGUCGUCGCUGCGGCGCUACGGCGCGCCGGCGCAGCGCGGCGUGCUGGGCUGCGCCCGGGAGUACCGCCUGCGGGGCCGGCCGCCGCACCUGCUGGCCGCGCACAACGCCGCCGUGGCGCGCCGCCACCAGCGCCACAUGGUGGAGCACGUGUGGUGCGUAGUCCGCGCCGUGUACAGCGCCCGCGCCGCGGCGGGUGCGCCGGCGCCGCCCCGCAGCCAGGAGCCGCCGCCGCGCGUCGAGCCGCCGCCGCCGCUGCCGCCCUACAGCGCGGUGGAGGAGGAACCCAUAGAAGAGAUCGAGGAGUGGGCGGAGAAUCAGUUCCACAACAGCGGCGUGCUUGGCAUGCCCACGCAUAGCAUCUACAUCCCGCCCGCCAAGUACGCCAAGCAUCGCGGCAGUGACGACGACGAGGCGGGCUGGGUGUCGGCGGCGUCGGCGCACUACGUGGACGUGGAGGCGGCGGACUGGACGCUGCCCGAGGAGGCCUUCCCGCUGCGGGCCGCGCCUGCGCCCGCAGACCCGCCGCCGCGGGCGCUGGCGCCGCACGACGACCACGACAACAACAACGGAGCGACAUCGUCAUCUCCCAGCUCGGGCUCCAGCGGCUCGUGCAGCAGCGCGGCGGCUGCCGGCCACUCCCCGCAGCUGGGCCGGCAGCACUCCUACACGCAGCAGCUCUCCACGGGCACCAUCGGCAGUGAAGGUGAGGGCGGAAGAUUAUGCGUCCGCGGCGUGGGCGGUGAGCGGACCCGGCUCGAUGUGGCGCCGCUGCUGGCCGCCGCGCUGCGAAUGCAUGCUGACCUGGGCGACGUGCAGACGCCGGCUGUCGUCAUGAUAGUGUUGCAAGAGCACAGGAGCGACUUGUUCCCGUACAUCGAGGAGGGCUUGCAGGAGCAGUGGCUGCUGGGAUACAUCGAGCUACUGCAGAGGCAUAAACUGUGGAAUGUUGCUACUGAGGUGGUCCGCUGCGCGUGGCUGGGCGGCGUGUGGGCGCUGUCGCAGCAGUCCACCAGCAUCAGCGUGUGCUGCGGCCGCUGCGGGCGCCGCACCAGGCCGCACGCGCCCUGCGAGCGCUGCGUGCCCAAGCACAUGCCCGACGUGUGCGCCGUGUGCCACGAGGUGGUCCGCGGGCUGUACGCGUGGUGCCAGGGCUGCGCCCACGGCGGGCACCUGCAGCACAUGCGGCGCUGGAUGGACUCGCACGCGCUGUGCCCCGCCGGCUGCGGACACCACUGCCAGCUCGGGUGAACCACCUCUAACUUGUACACAUGCGAAUUAAAUGCGCCUAGCGUCAAGCUCGUUGCGUACCAAUGAUAUAUGUACUUCAUUCACACGAGUUAUACUUCUUGUGCCGCUGAAGCGAACCAGUAUAAUAUAAUUUGAGCUGGUGAAAGGUUUGGGAGAAACAGCUAAGAAUGGUUAAAAGUACCUCUCAGACGAUGGAUGACAUACUUUCAUGUUCAGUGUACGCCACAUAUGAAUGUAUUGUGGAAGUCGGUCCAAAUGCAGUUUAUAAUAUAGGCUGUUCCGAAAAUAUAUUACACA